AUGCGUUACUAUCAUUUACGUUCACUUUCUGACAAGUCCGUUUAUGUCUGUCUGUCUAUCUAUCUAUCACAGUAUAUUCAUACAUGUAUAUCUAUCACCGUCCUUUCAUUAUCUAUCUAUCUAUCUGUGUCUAUUUAUAUAUAUAUAUCUAUCACCGUCCAUUCAUUAUCUAUCUAUCUAGCAUGUUUUCUUUUUUUCUUCUUUUUUUUCUAUUCUCGUUUUCUUUCUACUUUAUCUUCUUCUUUUUUCUCUACUUGUACUUCAUUCUUCCUUUCUUUUUCUUCACAUUUUCUCUUUCAUCAACGUUCCGCUAUUUCUUCUCCUAUCUCUUUUUUUUUCUCCUUCCGCUUUUCACUCUUAUUGCUUCUGUACAAAUAUACGCAUUUCUUUCUAAAUCGCUUUGUAUUCCAGGGUCUUUCUCUCUCUCUCUCUCUCUCUCUCUCUCUCUCUCUCUCUGCUUAUAUUUUUCCGUUUUUCUUUUGUUUCAUUCGAAAGUCUUUCUUUCUUUCUUCUCACAAUAUUUAUUUUUACUGUCGAUCUUUAUUUCAUUUUUCAUUUUUUUUCUUUAAUUUGUCUUUGGCUUUCUUUCCUAUCGUUCAUUUUUUUUUUUUAAUAUCCCCUUGA